AUGUGUAUCGGGCAGAGAACGGAGCUUUUCCUUGAGGUGUGUUUUUGUUCUGUCCAGGAGAGAACUCGGAGAAAAGAGCUUGAAGAAGAGAUGGCAGAAACAGCAACAGAGUCACAUGAGGACCCAUCAGAGGAAAGAGAGGACCUGGGGCCUUUGGAACCAGAGGACAGUGGUACCUUCCAACAAGUCACAAACCUCCUCAACAUCAUGGAGAGCGAGUCAACCAAAAUGGAUGCUGCAGGAGCAGGUUUUGACAUGAGGAAGAGGCUGGCCUCGCUGAUCAUCAUGGAGAAGGCCACCACCGAGCCUUCCGUGGUGAUGAAUGCUCUCAUCCGCUGCCUGCAGGUGCCGGAGAUUUCCACUCAGCGCAAAGUCAACAUCUACAACAUCCUCCAGGAGUUCACCCAGCAGGAGGAGGAGCGCUCCGUCCAGAGGCUGGUGGCCAUCGCCUCCAGGGAGAUGCGGGGCAUGCUGGAGGUAGCGGGGGUCCUGCCCUGCCCACCUGCCACUGCCCCAGGGGCUGGGCUCUGGGGGGCUGGUGGGAUGCCCGAGGCCUCUGUCCGGUGA